CCGGCAGGCGCGGCGGCCCCGGCGACUGGGCCGGGCCGGGGCGAGCGCGGCUGGCUGGCUGGCUGGCUGCGGGCUGGGGCGGGGCGGGCCUCUCCCUGGCGCGGCCGCGCGGCCUUUUCCGGCGGGCGGCGGGAGGGCCGGGCUCGCCCUCGCCCUGCUCGGCCCAUGGAUGUCACCUAGCGCCUGCCCGCCCGGCCUCCCGCCCGCCCGCAUGGCGGCGCCCCCGGACGUGGCUUCGGCCUCCAGCGCGGCGCUCUUCCGCCUCCGCCACCUCCGCCUGGGCCUGGAGCUGCGCCCCGAGGCCCGCGCCCUGGCCGGCUGCGUCGCGCUGGAGCUCUGCGCCCGCCGGGCCGCCCGCCGCGGGCCCCGCGCCCUGGUGCUGGACGCCCACCCGGCCCUCCGCGUGGCCUCGGUCCACCUCCGCGCCGGCCCCGAGCGCUGCGGCUUCGCCUUCCCGCGGCGGGCCGGGCCGGGCCGGGAGGGCCCCGUGCCCUCUCCGCCCCUGCCCACCUUCUCCGACUCAACCGCCGCUUCGUGCCCGCUGGUCUUCAGGGUGGACCCCUUCACGGACUACGGCUCAGCCCUCACCAUCUCUUUGCCGUCAUCCUUGGAGCCCCACCAGCCCUUCCAGGUCAUCGUCCGCUACACCACUGUUGACGCUCCAGCUAUCUGGUGGCUGGAUCCAGAGCUGACCUACGGGAUCUCCAAGCCGUUUGUCUUCACCCAGGGCCAUUCAGUGUGUAACCGAUCUUUCUUCCCCUGCUUCGAUACCCCGGCUGUAAAAUGUUCCUAUUCUGCCAUUGUGAAGGCUCCUGCGGGUAUGCAGGUGUUGAUGAGUGCUACCCAAAGCAGCUACAAGGAACAAGAGGGUGUAUACGAGUUCUUUAUGGAAUACCCAGUCCCUGCCUAUCUGGUGGCUCUGGUAGCAGGGGACCUGGCACCUGCAGAUAUUGGUCCCAGGAGCAGAGUGUGGGCAGAACCGUGCCUGCUGUCAACAGCUAUCAGCAAACUCUCGGGCAGGGUCGAGCACUGGCUGAGUGCCGCAGAAAGCCUUUACGGCCCCUACAUAUGGGGACGGUACGACAUAGUUUUCCUCCCUCCCUCUUUCCCCAUCGUUGCCAUGGAGAAUCCGUGCCUGACCUUCAUCAUCUCUUCCAUCCUGGAGAGUGACGAGUUCCUCAUCAUUGACGUCAUCCACGAGGUGGCCCACAGCUGGUUCGGCAAUGCCGUCACCAAUGCCACGUGGGAAGAGAUGUGGCUGAGCGAGGGGCUGGCCACUUACGCUCAGCGCCGGAUCACCACUGAGACCUAUGGUGCUGCCUUCACGUGCCUGGAAACUGCAUUCCGCCUUGAUGCCCUUCACAGACAAAUGAAGCUCCUUGGGGAGGAUAACCCUGUUAGCAAGCUUCAGGUUAAGCUGGAACCAGGUGUGAAUCCCAGCAACCUGAUGAACCUCUUUACAUACGAGAAAGGUUACUGCUUUGUUUAUUACCUGUCCGAGCUCUGUGGAGAUCCAGCACGUUUUGAUGCCUUCCUCCGAGCCUACAUUGAGAAGUACAAAUUCACCAGCGUCGUGGCUCAAGAUCUCUUGGACUCCUUCCUGGCUUUCUUCCCAGAAUUGAAAGAACAGUGCAUCGACAGCAAGACAGGGCUCGAGUUCGAGCGUUGGCUCAGUGCAACUGGCCCUCCUUUAGCGGAGCCGGACUUAUCUCAGGGAUCCAGUCUGACCUUCCCAGUGGAGACGCUCUUCAACCUCUGGACUACAGAGCCCCUGGAUGCCGCUGCUGCAUCCGGCAGCGUUGACAUCACAAAGUGGCAAACGUUCCAAACGGUGCUUUUCCUGGACAAGUUAUUGGAUGGGUCACCACUGCCUCAUGAGGUGAUAUCGAAGCUCUCCGAAUGCUACUCAGCCCAGCUGGAUGGCAUGAACGCAGAGAUACGUAUCCGCUGGCUCCAGAUCAUUGUCCGCAAUGACUACUACCCUGACCUUCACAAAGUACGGCUCUUCUUGGAAAACCAGAUGUCUCGGAUGUACACGAUCCCGCUGUACGAGGACCUCUGCACUGGCACCCUGAAGUCCUUCGCCUUAGAAGUUUUCUACCAAACCCAGAACCAGCUGCAUCCCAACUUGCGGAAAACGAUCCAGCAGAUCUUGACGCAGGGCUUGAAUCCCCUCCUUGCCAUAGACACUACAGCCACUGCUGCAGACACCUCAGCUUCCGGGCUGGAGGACAAAGCCCCCGAAGCUGCAAAUGGUGCCAUUUCUCUCAGGGACGUAAAUGUGUCUGCUUAGCUCGCCAGUUCACUCUGGGUUUGGAAGCUGGAAGAGCAAGCGGGGAGAGGGACGUUUUGACAAAGUGCUGUCGCCUUGCCCUCUGCAAAGCAGCUGCCACUGCUAGGGGGCUGGAUUCCAUUAAGCUCACCCCCCUCAAAAACAAAAACAAAACCCCUAGCUUAUGUGCCUUCAAGUGUCUAACAUAAUGGCACAGCCAUAUAUCAGGGAUGUAUCUCCUAGCUGCAAGUGAGAACUGUUUGGGGACAGAUCAUGAAUGUGAAUUCCGGGGUGACUUUUGUUCUCCCGCUGCAAAUAGAAAACGUUCUUUCCAGCGGUGGGGUGGAAUGUUUGUGCUCUUCAGGAGAAACAGAACUGCUGCUGGGGGGGGGGGGGGCACGUGCUGUCAAGGAGGAGAAAGAGAUGGUGAAGAUCAUGGAGAUGUCGAGGUGGGGCAGUGCUCUGCAGAGAACGGACUGUUGAUGAAACUUGAAAGGAAGCGGUGGGGGGGGUCCCUUUUGCUUUGUGCUCUUUACUGUAUGAUUCAGAAGGAUGGAGAUGGUGAACUGCGGAGAGUCUCUUCAAAGACAACUCCCAGGUUCAGCCUUAAAGGCCCAGGGAGAGUCUGCCAUUCAUCCGUGCUUCAGCCCUGCCUUGUCUUUCACGGGGAGUAUGACACCCAGACCCCACUUACCCACUAUGGGGGUCAGGGUCCAGUUUUCUUACAGUUCUAAAUCCCAGCUUUGGCCUUCACUGGUGCCUGGGAUGCGGCUCUGAAAUGCUCAAGUCAACCUGCAUCCCGUCUCUCUCCUCUUUUUUGCAAAUUAGUAAGUUGGAUUUAUUGGCAAAGGUGAGCAUGAUCCGCUGGCGACUUUUCACAUGUGGUGUGCAAGCUUUGGUUCCUUUUUAGAGGCUGUUGCAAGAAAAGAUCUCGGUGGAGCAUUUUGCUGUUCUCUUGGUGCUGUCCCAGAACAACAGGAACGGACUAACUAUGACUUAAAAAACGUCCUCGCAGAUCGCUUUUUGUCUUGCUGUAGGCGGUGUCUGUGGGUGAGAACGUGACAGAUUUGAAAGUCUGCUCCAUCCAAGUCCAAACCUUAGUUUCAGCAUGAGGGUACCACAUACAGCACUGUUCAAAGAAGUCUUUCUGUGUGGCCCAGUGGUUCUGAGAGGCAGAAAGGAGGCAACUGCACCACAGCUUUCUGAUGCAGACAUGCCUGUAGAGGUCAUACACGUUGGAAGUGCACGGCGGAUUCGCCUUCCACGAGGCUGGGGGUACACUUGUUGGAAGUAGGUAGAAGAGUUCAGGCUCUCCUAUCCUCAGAAUGGCUACGCUUUUGGUGCUUUUCCAAGAGGAGGUUGCAAGAACGACAGAGCUGGUCGUUCCCCAGUCCCGUAAGACCUAAAGAGCCUGAAGCGAAGGCAGUUAAUACCCUGACUCUGAGCGUGCCUUUUGUGGGAGCAGAAAGGAGGCUUGUAUAUGAAAUAAUUCUGCUUGCCUUUUUGAGAGAAGGGUGUCUUGCAGGCACUGCUUCGUGCAGUAGGCUGCGUACCUCCGUGUUUGCCUUAGUAAGCAAGUAAAGGGUAAAGCGGAGACCUGUCUCUUCCCCCGUCUUCAGGGCGAUGCAGUUGAUGUCGGCUUCUUGGCAUCAUGUUGCCCCAUUUUUUUUCCACUCUUGUUUUCCUGCCUGCUAAAUAAAACAGUGCAAGGCAGUGACCAGAGUUGCUUUCACUUGUGGUCUCCACAUUCAAGUAUGAUGUUUACUCAUUCUGGGGGAAGCGGCCGGUAGCUGCAUCACGUCCUGAAGAUAUUACCCAGGGAAGAGUGGGGGACGCGCUGAGGCUACAGUCUGCCACGUGGAAGCCAGUUACCUCUGCUCGCAGGUAGACAUGUAAGUGCUUGCUAUUACCGGAUGCGGGGGUCAUUGUGGUGGGAAGUGCAUGGCUGUUUUCACACGGCUUACCGGCCACGGAACAUCGUGCCAAGCUCCCGGAAAGACAACGUCUUCCUGGCUAAGUUUCGCACGAGAACUGCGACAUCGCGCCAGGAAGACGCUGACGCUUGGCGUGAUGUUCCGUGACCGAUAAGCAGUGUGAAAACGGCCCGUAUGCUUUUCAUUCUUUGACUUAAACCAGUUUUCAUUUCCUGGUAGCCCUAGCCUGAGAUAACAAUGGGGCAAAGCAAUAAUAAAGUCCGAAAAAUUCUCCCGCUCGUGUCGCGGUCCUUGAAGCUCUUGCAAGCUCCGAUUCUCCUUCGCAGCAUGGAUUGUUCUUGUUUGGCGAGGCUAAUGGAGGCUCCUCCUUUUCCAGUGGGAAUGGAUUUCCUUUCAGUGGUUGUAACCCUGAAAGUGCAGAUCCGUCUGGCGCCGGUUCCAGCCAGGCAGAGACCAGCAUCUGUGGCCUUCGCCCUCAGCCGACGGGCCUCUUUUUAAAACUGCAUGUUCAUUUUGCGGGAGAACGUUUGUAACCCUGGUGGAAAUUUCUUUUUUGAAUGCACGUUGAUGCCUUAUGAUGAGAACGUCGCUGAUGAAUUUUGAAUUAAACUAAACUUUGUGACA